CCAGUUACCCAUACUUGACUUGACCUAGAGAGACUUGAUAACUGUCACAUAAAAGAUCCGUUUAAUGGGCCUUGCAUGUAUUUGAUUACCGAACGCAUGACUUGACUUGAAAGUCUGUUGAAUUUAGAAUUUCAAGUUAAGUUGACAUUUCAGAGAGUGGCAUCUUUGCUCUCUCCCUUUAUUUUGACAUUUCAGAGAGUGACAGCUCAGUUAUUUCGCUCGCUUUUUUGAUAGCACGCUUCAUUUCAUUUUCAUCAUUUCAUUUUCAUAAUCUCAUUUAAUUUUCUAUAUUUAAUUUGCCAUUUGAUAAAUAAUCCGAAUAAACACAAUGACUGAUGAAAAAUUAAUAGAAGAAGUGCGGGCGCGUGAAAUUUUAUAUAACAAGACCUGCGUAGGCUACCGAGUGCCGAGCCGGAAGAGGGACGCGUGGGUAAGCGUGGCGAAGGAGCUAGGUGCUACUGAAGAGCAGUGCUCGAAGAGGUGGCUGACUCUAAGGGAAAGAUUCAGUAGGGAGGUAAGGAAAAUGGAGGCACCAUCAGGAAGUGGGGCGAGUAACGCCGUAACCUGGCCAUUGUUCGAUAAUAUGAGCUUUUUAAAACAAUAUAUACAGCCCAGACCGUAA